AUGAGCCACGAACACUGUGAUAAGGCUGAAGAUCCAGAGGCCUCUCAGAAGAAUCAACCAUGGUUCCAUGGGAAAUUCGACAUUGAGGAAGGUGGUAUUGAACGUGUUACCGACGACCAGCGACAGCAGAAUACGACCAAGUUUUGGAACGCUGCUACUUUCUGGUUCAGUGCAAACAUGGCCGUUGCCACGCUCAACAUCGGGUCCUUGGGCGGCUCUCUAGGUCUCGGGUUUUGGGAUUCGUUUAUCGUCAUCCUGAUCGUCAAUCUAUUGAGUGAUCUACUUCCAGCGUGGACAGCCACAGUGGGACUGUCAGGUCUACGAAUGACGACCUUUUCACGAUACUCGUUCGGAUACUGGGGCAACAUGCUCGUCGUCGUCUUCUCAAUGGUCGCAACCACAGGUUGGAACGCAAUCAACUCCAUCUCAGGGGCAUCAGUGCUCAACGCUUUGUCUAAUGGGAAGUUCCCAACCUGGGCGGGAGUCAUCGUGAUUUGCACUUCGGUAUGGAUAAUUUGUGCUCUGGGGAUCAGCUGGAUCCAUCGUUUGGAUACCUAUGUCUGGAUACCGCCUUUGAUUGUGUGGUGCGUGGCUGCUGGCACAGGCGCGUCUUCGUUUACUAGUGAACCUAGCAAGCACCUUGAUGGUGCGAACAAGGCAGCUGCGGUCCUCACAUACAUGGCAAGCAUCUUUUCUUUCUCUGUGUCUUGGGUGAAUUGCGCGGCCGACUAUAAUGUGCGCAUGCCGGCCGAUACUCCACGGUGGAAGAUCUUCAGUGCCACUUAUAUUGGGAUCUUUGUUCCCACUGUUCUGGUCCAGACACUUGGAGCUGCGAUGUACAGCGGUGUGGUGACGAACCCUGAGUGGAAGGAUGCUUACACGUCUUCCUCCAUUGGGGGUUUAUUGAAAAUGUCGCUUGAGCCUGCAGGUGGAUUCGGUAAGUUCCUCAUGGUCCUUGCAGCGUUGAGUGCGAUUCCGAACAAUAUUCCAAACAAUUAUUCCUUUGCACUCCAUGCGCAGAACCUCGGCCCAUGGGCGAUGCGUAUUCCCCGAAUCAUUCUCGUCACAUUCGGUUUCGUGGUGUCUAUCAUUGUCGGCUGUUUCGCAGCUAUGUAUUUCGAUAGCACACUGUCGACGCUGUUGAGCGUCAUUGGAUACUGGACGGUCAUUCACAUAACAGUCGUGAUGGAAGAGCACUUCAUCUUCCGCCGUGGAUGGAAAACAUAUGAUUGGGAUGCCUGGAACAGCCCGGCUGGGCUGCCAUUUGGAUGGGCAGCAAUCGGAGCUUUCGCGUUCGGAUUUCUUGGGGCCGCUCUUGGGAUGAAGGUGACAUGGUACGCUGGGCCAAUUGCGUCGCUCAUCGGAAAGAGCGGUGGAAACAUUGGCCAUGAGUUGACAUUUGCCUUUUCUGGCAUUGUGUUUCCGGCCUUCCGUUGGAUCGAAAAGCGAGUUGGAGGCCGCUGA